CGCCGUGCCGCGCAGCCCGGAGCUCCAGGGCCCCGCUGGUUCCUGGUCUGUGAGAUCUGCUGGUUCCAGGCCCCAGGCCAGUCAGUGUCGGGCCUCCACAACGUCACUGUGUGGAUUCCCAGUGCUGGAGGUGACACCUUAUCAGGAAACUACUUCACUGUCUUCUACUGGGGCAUCUAGCUACGUCGCCGUCAGGCCAGACUCUGGUCAUGGCUGCCUCGCUCCUGGCCAUCUCCUUUGUCCUGCUGCUCUCUGGGACAAGCUCCGGGGACCCGGGCCUGGAGAUUUACAAGAAGAUGUUUGAGGUGAAGCGGCGGGAGCAGCUCCUGGCACUGAGGAAUCUGGUGCAGCUAAACGACGUCCACCAGCAGUACCAGAUCCUGGACGUUAUGCUCAAGGGGCUCUUCAAGGUGCUGCAGGACUCGAGGACGGUGCUCCUGGCUGCUGAUGUGCUCCCGGAUGGGCCCUUCCCCCAGGACGAGAAGCUGAAGGAUGCCUUCUCGCAGGUGCUAGAGAACACGGCCUUCUUCGGCGACGUGCUCCUGCGCCUGCCACGCGUUGUGCACUACUACUUCGACCAAAACUCCAACUGGAACCUCCUCAUCCGCUGGGGAAUCAGCUUCUGCAACCAGUCGGGCGUCUUCGACCAGGGCCCCCACUCGCCCAUCCUCAACCUGAUGGCCCAGGAGCUGGGGAUCAGUGAGAAGGACCCCGACUUCCACAACCCCUUCCAAGUGGACCGUGCAGAGUUCCUCUCCAGCACUGACCCCUUCCAGAAGGCUCUGAGGGAAGAGGAAAAGCGACGGAAGAAAGAGGAGAAACGGAAAGAGAUCCGCAAAGGCCCAAGGAUCUCCAGGUCCCGGUCUGACCUGUAGCCCCGGUGCGGCCUGGGGUUCCAGGGGCAGGAGGAGGCAGCGUGGCUGAGACACUGUCACCCUCAGGCUGCCGAUGAGAGCUGGGCCCUGAGAGGAGCUCCAGCCCCAGCAGAGGUCCAUUCCCUUCAGGUCCAUCUACAGAGCAUGGCCCGGGGGCCUACUGAGGACCAUGGAGGUGCUGGGGUGGCAGAGCCUGGGCAGGACCCUCGAAGGGAGGCCACAUAUUGAACGAGUAGCAGAGCCAGCCCAGGGCCACAAUAAAUGCCUACGAAU